AGAGACUUUUGCUCUUCUAGAAGCCAAGCCACAUGGUAGUUGUGAUGUCACUUGGGAGCCAGAGCUGUACCUUAUGCAUGGCACCCCUGGCCAGCUGGGUGCCUCAGAUGAGAGCUACCCCCAGGCUAGUACCAGCAGCUCAGGGGCCAGCAGCAGCUUCACCAUCUGCAGUUGGCUCACUUGCUGCUGCUCCCCAGCACCCAGGUCAGAUCACCCAGAUAGCAGUGGUAGUGGGCUCUGCUGUUGGGUGCAUGCUGGGUCAUGCCGUCACUGGCGGUGUCAGUAGUGGGAGUGAUGCUGAGCCACCAAGGCCUGAUAUCACUUACCAGGAGCCUCAGGGAGCUCAGCCAGUAUACCACCACCAGCAGCAGCAGUUUGGCCCCUGCUGCUAUGAGAUGAAACAGUUUUUGGAGGGUGCCCAGAACCAGCGUGACCUCAAGCUUUGUGAGUAUUUUAGCAAGGUGCAGAAGCAGUACAGAUUUGCAAAUGUAUUAGCCUGAUCAAGAAGUUGAAAAUGAAGAAAUGGAAAAUCUGCUCUCAUG